CCCGGCCCCGGCAGCCGCCCCCGCGCCCAGGGAAACUGUUGAUCGGCGCUGAGCCCGCAGGGGAAGCGUCUCCUUCGGCCUGGCCAUGUGGACCCCCACCGAGGAGGAAAAAUACGGCGUAGUGAUAUGCAGUUUUCGCGGAUCUGUACCCCAAGGCUUAGUCCUGGAAAUAGGAGAAACUGUUCAGAUCCUGGAAAAAUGUGAAGGUUGGUAUAGAGGAGUUUCAACAAAGAAACCUAAUGUAAAGGGGAUCUUUCCUGCAAACUAUAUUCAUUUGAAAAAGGCAAUUGUCAGCAACAGGGGGCAAUAUGAAACUGUUGUUCCACUGGAAGAUUCUAUCGUGACAGAGGUCACCGCAACACUGCAAGAGUGGGCUAGUCUCUGGAAGCAACUAUAUGUGAAACACAAAGUAGAUCUUUUCUACAAAUUACGUCAUGUAAUGAAUGAACUUAUUGACCUUCGGAGGCAGCUGCUCUCAGGUCACCUUACUCAGGAUCAGGUGCGAGAGGUCAAGAGACACAUCACAGUGCGCUUGGACUGGGGAAAUGAGCAUUUGGGCCUGGACCUAGUUCCUCGAAAGGACUUUGAAGUGGUGGAUUCUGAUCAGAUUAGUGUCUCCGAUCUCUAUAAAAUGCACUUAUCUAGCCGGCACAGUGUACAGCAAAGUACAUCUCAGGUGGAUACCAUUCGUCCACGUCAUGGAGAAGCCUGCCGGAUACCAGUGCCACAUCAUUUUUUCCUCAGUCUAAAGAGUUUCACCUACAAUACAAUUGGAGAAGAUACAGAUGUCUUUUUUUCCUUGUAUGACAUGCGAGAGGGCAAGCAGAUCAGUGAGCGGUUUCUGGUGAGACUGAACAAGAAUGGUGGGCCAAGGAACCCAGAGAAGAUAGAUCGAAUGUGUGCCCUUUUUACAGAUCUGAGCAGCAAAGAUAUGAAGAGAGAUUUAUACAUAGUUGCCCAUGUGAUCCGAAUAGGUCGUAUGUUGCUAAACGAUUCCAAGAAAGGUCCUGCCCACUUACACUACCGGCGCCCUUAUGGCUGUGCAGUCUUGAGCAUUGUGGAUGUUCUGCAGUCACUUUCUGAAUUAAAGGAAGAAAAGGAUUUUGUUCUUAAAGUUUACACAUGCAACAAUGAAAAUGAAUGGUACCAGGUCCAUGAAAAUAUCAUCCGAAAGUCUAGCACAAAAUACACUGCCCCCAGCUCCAACUACGGUCUUAUAAUUUCUUUGCAGCUUCUUCGUGGGGACAUGGACCAGAUUCGGAGGGAAAAUCCUAUGAUCUUUAACAGAGGGUUGGCAGUUACCAGGAAAUUGGGUUUCCCUGACGUCAUCAUGCCAGGCGAUAUCCGAAAUGACCUCUACCUAACCCUGGAAAAGGGAGAUUUCGAGAGAGGCGGGAAGAGUGUGCAAAAGAAUAUCGAAGUCACCAUGUAUGUUCUCUAUGCAGAUGGAGAAAUUUUAAAGGACUGCAUCAGUCUUGGCUCAGGAGAACCCAGCAGAAGUUCUUACCACUCCUUUGUCCUCUACCAUAGUAACAGCCCCCGCUGGGGUGAAAUCAUCAAAUUACCCAUCCCUAUAGAUAGGUUCCGGGGCUCCCACCUGCGUUUUGAAUUCAGACAUUGUUCUACAAAAGACAAAGGAGAGAAGAAACUGUUUGGCUUUGCAUUCACUCCUCUGAUGCGAGAUGAUGGCACCACCCUGUCGGAUGACAUCCAUGAGCUCUAUGUCUAUAAGUGUGAUGAGAAUAGUACAUUUAAUAAUCAUGCACUCUACCUGGGCCUCCCAUGCUGCAAAGAAGACUACAAUGGCUGUCCCAACAUUCCUUCCAGCCUCAUCUUCCAGCGCAGCACCAAAGAGACCUUCUCUAUCUCCACACAGCUCUCUUCCACCAAACUCACUCAGAAUGUGGACCUCCUUGCUUUGCUGAAGUGGAAGGCUUAUCCAGACCGGAUCAUGGAUAUUCUGGGACGCCUCCGGCAUGUCAGUGGAGAGGAAAUUGUUAAGUUUCUGCAAGACAUCUUAGACACUCUAUUUGUGAUUUUGGAUGAUAAUACUGAAAAAUAUGGUCUUUUGGUCUUUCAGUCCCUGGUGUUCAUCAUUAAUCUGCUCCGGGACAGCAAGUAUUUCCAUUUUCGUCCUGUGAUGGACACAUACAUUCAGAAGCACUUUGCUGGAGCAUUGGCAUACAAAGAAUUGAUCCGUUGUUUAAAAUGGUAUAUGGACCGCUCAGCAGAACUUGUUCGACAAGACCAUAUUCAAGAGGCCAUGAGGGCUUUGGAAUACCUUUUCAAGUUCAUUGUCCAGUCUCGGAUACUUUACUCCAGAGCUACAUGUGGAAUGGAGGAGGAACAAUUCCGAUCCAGCAUCCAAGAACUUUUCCAGUCCAUCCGAUUUGUCCUGAGCUUGGAUAGCCGAAGCUCUGAAACACUCCUCUUCACACAGGCCGCUCUGCUGAACUCUUUCCCGGCUAUCUUUGAUGAGCUGCUGCAGAUGUUCACCGUACAGGAGGUUGCAGAGUUUGUGAGAGGGACUCUAGGGAGCAUGCCCAGCACAGUGCACAUUGGACAGUCCAUGGACGUGGUGAAACUUCAAUCUAUUGCCCGCACAGUAGAUAGCCGUCUGUUUUCCUUCUCUGAAUCCAGACGCAUCCUUCUCCCUGUGGUUCUUCAUCAUAUCCACUUACACCUAAGGCAACAAAAGGAGCUGCUGAUCUGCUCUGGGAUCCUCAGUAGCAUUUUCUCCAUCAUCAAGACCAGUUCGUUGGAAGCAGAUGUAGUGGAGGAGGUUGAAAUGAUGGUGGAGAGCCUCUUGGAUGUGCUCUUACAGACUCUGCUCACUAUCAUGAGUAAAUCACAGUCUCAGGAGGCGGUAAGAGGGCAGCGGUGCCCGCAGUGCACAGCCGAAAUCACUGGGGAGUAUGUGUCCUGCCUCCUGUCUCUGCUCCGUCAGAUGUCAGACACACAUUUCCAACAUUUACUGGACAACUUUCAGAGCAAGGAUGAGCUAAAGGAGUUCCUGCUUAAGAUCUUCUGUGUAUUUCGGAACCUGAUGAAGAUGAGCGUCUUCCCUCGAGACUGGAUGGUGAUGAGGCUGCUCACAAGCAAUAUCAUCGUCACUACUGUCCAGUACUUAUCCUCUGCACUGCACAAGAAUUUCACAGACACAGACUUUGAUUUUAAGGUGUGGAAUUCCUAUUUUAGCCUGGCAGUCCUGUUCAUAAAUCAACCAAGCCUCCAGCUAGAAAUUGUCACUCCAGCCAAGAGGAAGAAGAUUCUAGACAAAUAUGGUGACAUGCGAGUAAUGAUGGCUUAUGAACUAUUCAGCAUGUGGCAGAACUUAGGUGAACAUAAAAUCCACUUUAUUCCGGGAAUGAUUGGUCCUUUUCUGGGUGUUACACUAGUCCCACAGCCAGAGGUCCGUAACAUCAUGAUCCCCAUCUUUCACGAUAUGAUGGACUGGGAACAGAGGAAAAAUGGCAACUUCAAGCAGGUGGAAGCUGAGUUAAUCGAUAAACUGGAUAGCUUGGUAUCUGAAGGGAAAGGAGAUGAAAACUACCGGGAGCUCUUCAGCCUACUAACUCAGCUGUUUGGGCCCUACCCGAGUCUACUAGAGAAAAUUGAACAGGAAACAUGGAGAGAAACAGGCCUCUCGUUUGUCACUUCUGUCACCCGUCUCAUGGAGCGCCUCCUUGACUACAGGGACUGCAUGAAAGGAGAUGAAACGGAGAAUAAGAAGAUUGGCUGCACAGUUAAUCUGAUGAACUUUUACAAAUCUGAAAUCAACAAAGAGGAAAUGUACAUCCGAUACAUCCACAAACUGUGUGACAUGCAUUUGCAGGCUGAAAACUAUACUGAGGCUGCGUUCACUCUGCUUCUGUACUGUGAGUUGCUCCAGUGGGAGGACCGGCCUCUACGGGAAUUCUUGCAUUACCCAUCCCAAACUGAGUGGCAGCGAAAAGAGGGUUUAUGCCGAAAGAUCAUUCACUAUUUCAACAAAGGCAAGAGCUGGGAAUUUGGGAUUCCACUGUGCCGGGAGCUCGCAUGCCAGUAUGAAAGUCUCUAUGAUUAUCAGAGCCUUAGCUGGAUCCGGAAAAUGGAAGCAACCUACUAUGAUAACAUCAUGGAGCAGCAACGUCUGGAGCCUGAGUUCUUCAGAGUUGGUUUCUAUGGAAGGAAGUUCCCCUUCUUCCUCCGGAAUAAGGAGUAUGUCUGUCGGGGCCAUGACUACGAGAGGCUGGAAGCCUUUCAACAGAGGAUGCUGAGUGAGUUUCCUCACGCCAUUGCCAUGCAACAUCCCAACCACCCAGAUGACUCCAUCUUGCAAUGUGAUGCCCAAUAUUUGCAGAUCUAUGCAGUGACACCAAUUCCAGAUUACGUGGAUGUCCUUCAGAUGGAUCGAGUACCUGAUCGAAUCAAAAGCUUUUAUCGUGUCAACAAUGUUAAGAAGUUCCGGUAUGACAGACCUUUCCAUAAAGGUCCAAAGGACAAGGACAAUGAAUUCAAGAGUCUUUGGAUUGAACGCACCACUCUGACCUUGACCCACAGUCUACCUGGAAUCUCUAGAUGGUUUGAAGUAGAGAGAAGAGAACUGGUUGAAGUGAGCCCUUUGGAAAAUGCCAUACAGGUUGUUGAGAACAAGAACCAGGAGCUUCGGACACUGAUCAGCCAGUAUCAGCACAAGCAAAUGCAUGGUAAUAUUAACCUGCUCAGCAUGUGCCUGAAUGGAGUCAUAGAUGCUGCUGUUAAUGGGGGCAUUGCCCGAUAUCAGGAGGCUUUCUUCGAUAAAGAUUACAUUACCAAGCACCCAGGGGAUGCAGAGAAAAUCACACAACUCAAGGAGCUCAUGCAGGAACAGGUCCAUGUUCUUGGAGUGGGGCUAGCGGUUCAUGAGAAAUUUGUUCAUCCAGAAAUGCGCCCUCUCCAUAAGAAGCUAAUUGAUCAAUUCCAGAUGAUGCGGGCCAGUCUCUACCAUGAGUUUCCUGGUUUGGAUAAACUGAGUCCAGCAUGUUCUGGCACUAACACAACCCGAGGGACUGUUCUGGUGUCCCACAGCCCAAUGAGCCCAGAAACCAUCAAGAUGGUGCAUCGUCACAGCCCAAUGAACUUGAUGGGAUCAGGCCGCCAUUCAUCCUCCUCUCUCUCCUCUCACGCAUCCAGUGAAACAGGGAACAUGGUGAUCCUGCCUGACGGCUCAAUGGGAGAGGUUCCUGAGGACAUGUACCAUCACAUGCAGCUCCCUUAUCCCAACACCAGGUACCAGGGCUCCAUCACCAACGUCUCUGUUUUAUCCUCAUCCCAGGCCAGCCCUUCUUCCUCCAGCCUGAGCUCCACCCACUCAGCCCCAUCCCAAAUGAUGAAUUCUGCCCCACCCAGUGCCCGAGGCUCUCCCUCUCUGCCAGAUAAGUACCGCCAUUCUCGGGAGCUGAUGAUGCUGCUGCCCGCUCACCGGGACCGCCCAAGCAGUGCCAUGUAUCCCGCCGCCGUCAUGGAGCAUGGACAGCCUCCAAAUUUCCAGCGUGCAUUGUUCCAGCAAAUGAUCGGACCCUGUAAGCCCUGCAGUGACCCUAACCUGUCUGUUGCUGAAAAAGCUGUGUCAACAGCCCCCAGCAGCUGGAGCCUGGACAGCGGAACCAGAGAAACCCUGCCAUUGCUGUCUGCCCAUGUGGGGAACAUCUUGGCCCCACCAGUGCCUCCUCGAAGCCUUCCCCAUGGACACUAUUCUCUCCACUUUGAUGCCUUCCAUCACCCCCUUGGCGACGCUCCUCCAGCCCUCCCUGCUCGGACACUGCGCAAGUCUCCUCUCCAUCCCAUCCCUGCAUCGCCCACAAGUCCCCAGUCUGGCCUUGAUGGAAGCAAUUCUACCCUGUCUGGUAGCGCCAGCAGUGGUGUGUCCUCCUUGAGUGAGAGUAACUUUGGGCACUCUUCAGAGGUCCCACCUCGCACAGACACCAUGGACUCUGUGCCUAGCCAGGCCUGGAACACUGAUGAAGACUUAGAGACACCCUACCUCCCUGUCCGGUACAGUCUCUCAGAGCCUGACGUCUUGGAGUCAGUCAAAUCCCAGCCAUGCCGAAGCCACUCUGCCCCAAGUGGAGUGAUCCCUCAGGACCCCAUGGACCCUCCUCCUGCUUUACCCCCCAAACCAUACCAUUCCCGACACCCACCGCUGGAGCAUGAAGAGGGGAUGAUGAUGAUGGAAGAGGAAGACAGCAAACACCGGCCCCUGCAUCGAAAAGUCUCUCUGCCGCCGGGAAGUAUCAAGGAAGAGCAAGCCAGGGUUGCCUGGGAGCAUGGCAUCAGUGAGCAGUAGACACGAGGGAGACUGUGAGCCAGGGAACUUGUAUAAUUACUCCAGGUCUAACAAGCAAGUCGCCCAGAGGGGAACUAGAAAGGUGUGGGACUCAGAGGAGAGAGAAACCAAUUCUUCACAUUCUACUGCCGUGAAUUACGUUUCGACUGUGUACAGAGAUGGUGCCAGCAUGCCACGUUGCUGCUUUUAUUUUUAGUUUAUUUUCUACUCCUCAAUUUUUUAUUGGAGCAUUCUUUUCCUUUUUUUUUCCUCUGUGCAGUGGAUGCUUUCUUCCUUCUGCAGUUACCAGCCCACACGUACGUGUGUGGAUGUAACCUUUAGCCGUAGAGACUUGCACAAACAGAAGCCACAUUGGAGUAUCUCAGUACCAGAAGGGGAGCAGAAACAUAUUCUUCCAUGAACUGGCCCCUCUGGGUUUGGAAACGCACAGUAGUAGUUGCACUAGGGACCUUUUUCUUUGCUGUAUAGAUGCAAAAGCUCGUGGUUACAUUCAGGGAUUGUGUAGACUGCACACGGCAAACUUGCAGGUGGUGGACAGGAGAAAAGGGGCUACUAUGAAAAAAAAAUCAGCUCUUCCAGGAACGUUUGCAUAUGUGGCUUUCUGGGCCUACCCUACACUGGCCCAGCUUUGAUGAUCUGACUUCUACAUCUUAGCCAUACUGCUGGCCUUCCAUAGGGGCUGCUGAAGCCCCCACGGUUCCAACUCACCUCCCUGCUGCCUCCUCUAGUUUUCUCUCCAUUAGUUUGAGCUCCGAACAUUUGCUCCUUCUUAACGCCCCUACCCCACCUCCCUCACCCUAGGAGGCAGGGCCUCUCCCCAAUUUGGCUGCAGGGCCAGCAAGGAUUGGGUAGCUCCCAACAUCCCAACCCCACUCUCUAGAGCCUUCUUCCAGCUCAGUUUUGGGCACUUGUCAGCACCAUUGCUUAGAGUUUAGUUAUGGGAGAAUAAGGCUGUGUAAUACACCAAGUAAGAAAGAUUUCCCAUACCACCUUCAUCAGAGGAGAGCCCAGCUCCUGCCCAGAGCCCUGAGGUAGGUUCUUUCCUGGGCACAGAAUGUCAUUCAUUCUGAUUGGGCUGACAGCCACCAGGCCCUUCCACCACUGCUAAGUCCUACUAGUGUAAGAGAAGGGCCUAAUAUUAGGUCUCAGCAGCUCGGAAAUCCUUUGAUCUUUCAGAAGCGAUUAGAAUGUAGUCCAUCCUCCAGAGUCAGGGAUUUUCAACACUACCUCUGUGUAAAAGAGACUGGUAGCCCAGCCGGGCUGCUGGAGCAGGCUUAAGGAAACUCAGGCUCAGUCAACUACUGGCUGGGAUGGAUUAGAAAGUACAUUUUUGUCUUCUUUAGAAACUUAUCCCCAUGCAAAUGAAAUUACCUUCUUCAUUACUGGUGUCCCCAGGACUAGAGGGGGCAGGGGAGGAGGGUGAGGUGGUAUCCUCUUCCUAAGGAGCCCAAGCCACAUAACACUGUUGCCUUCUGCCACUGGUUUAUGGUGGUGUUUCCACACAGUGUUGAAGGGUUGCUGGAGGUGAGCCCCAAGAACAGUUUUCCAUGGCUUCACCAGCCUAAGACAGGAUAUCAGAGCUCUCGAAAGCCCUAGUGGACGACAGUGUCUUUAUAUGAAACUCUAAUCAGGUCAGGAUUCUGGUUUUCCUCUUGGUUUAAUAUUUGGGGAAGUGGGGUGGACGGGUAUAACAGUAUUUUAUCAGGGUGCUUCUAAGUUACUUUAAAAAAAAUAACGAUGUCUAUGAACAAAAUUUUUUUAAUGUUUCUUUCAUUCACUGGAGUUAACAUUAGUGUGAGUCAAAGUGUUUGCUCAUUGCAAAGCCUCCUGUGUCAUUGGAGUUCAAAUCUAUUUCCCAGCCUGGUUUUCCUUCUGCUGACUUUCUGGGACUCUGACCGGGUGGUCUGCCAGCGUUUUGGGUGCCUGGUUUUUAAGCCCUAAACCCUUCCCCUUUCAAAGAAGAAAAGGCAGGUGAUGUAACUUGUCUUUUGGCAAAUGAGCACCCAUAUUCAUAGCAAGAAUGCCCUUCCCCUCUGACCACCUCUGUCCCAUGAACAGGGAAAGGAAAGGGACUUAUCAAAUCUGUUUUCACUGGGGGCUGUUGUGCAGGUGUUUGCACUAGUUAGGGAGUUUCUAAAAGAAUACCCUUGUGGUGUCAUUAAUCAACAGGGCUGAGUUAGGAGCAGAAAAGGGAGGUUUCUUCUCAUUGUAUUAGUGACUGAAAAUGGAGGUCAGCCCUACUUCUCAGGGAAUUAGAGGUGGAGACAAAGGUUUCUCUGACCGAACCUUUGUUUCGUUGGCUGACUGGGGUUCCUGAGACAGUGUUUACCAGGGCUUGAGUGAUUCCAGGAUUGAAUGUUGGGUUUGAUCCUUGGGUGGAGGAAUGAUGACUGGUCUCAAAGGAGCUCCGAAUCCCUUUCCGGAGCUAGCUGUCUGAUGGAAAGAUAAGCCAGUGACCAAAGGCAGGAGUCUCUCUUGGUUCUUCUACCUGGUCCGUGUAUUUAUGGAAGGUAUAAUAGGCCCAGUUAGUCUUGCUCUGUGUAGUAUAAUCAGAUGAUUGAUUUAUUGUUUUCCUUCCCCUAUAUUUCCUGGGUAUAACUGGGUAUAAACGACCCAUCCCCAAACUACUCCCUAUCAGUGAACCAGCCAAGUUUGAGGGGAAGGGGAAGCUGUGGAAAACGGAGGUGAGAUUCCUUUGAAGAGAUUAUAUAAUCUUUUGAUUUUCAUUUUGUCAGGCAUCUUUGUAUAUAUUUCAUUUGAAUGCUAUGUAUUUGUACAGGAAUUUGAGCAAAAAAUGUAUAGAUUGUGACGUCUCACAGGUACUCUGCCCUGUAAAUGUGUUUUUAAUCUGGCAUUCUGUGCUUAUUUAAAAUGAGAAAACCUCUAACCACUUCUUUUGUGUAGUCAUGUUUUAAAAAAAAACUACAAAAAAACCACCCUAUAUUAACUAUACAGGAAAGCAAAGUGAAAAGAAAAAAAAAAAGGAAUUUGUACUCAUGUCCUCAAAGGUAUUUACUGUAUAUAUUGUGAUAGCAUGUUCUGGACCCAACAAAUAAGUGAUGUGAAUUUUAGAUGUAAAUAUCCCCUGUUUGGUUUGUUUGGGGUUUUUUUUUUCUUUCCUUCCCCUCUUCACUCUACUGCUGUGAUGUGGAAUUAAAGAUGAUUACCUGAUAUUGA